UCGGUUUCCUCGGUAUCAUCAUCUUCUUAUUUUUCUAUCUCCGCCCUGGCCUAUCACACCAUGUAAGGGAAAUCUAACUAAGAGCAAUUUACCAACACAUCAUCAUUCCUUGAAACUCCCGGCUCGAAAAAAAAAGAAUACUCCGUCUGUUCUGCACGGCCACCUCACUUCCAAGGAUCAUUAGUUACAUUGAAAUCAUCGAUGGUGACUGGGGAUAUCAUCCCACCCUGGUCGCACCAGAGUAAUACUAUUUAUGCGCCACAUGCACGACGACCCACCACGGAUCGUGGUUUCGAUUCAGUGGUUGGAAUUGAUAAGAUCACUGGUUCUGGGUAUCUACGUGAAGAUGAAAUCACACCAAAUGGCGUCCUUUUCAACAUCGGGUCAAACUGGAAGGCCAUACCUGUACAUGCAGUUUGCAUACAUGGCCUGUGUUUCACGGCGACUCGAGUCCUGCACAAGGAAACACAAGAAGAUAUAGGGAGGGGCGUUGUUCAAGAAAACGAACUCGGUCGAGUCGUACGAUUAUAUGAAGCAUCACAUACAAAAGCGUACGACGAGUCAGAUAGGAUUCAUCAGCACGGGAGCUACCCCCUCCCUUAUCACACCGUGAUCGGUAAAACCUUUUUGAUCUGGGGAAAGAGAGAAGAGGGGAACCCAGGCAGCUAUGCAGAGCUCUCUGUGCACCCGUCCCAAUGGCCAAUUUCAUUGGCAGCCUCUAAGCGCAUGAGGCUCGUUUGGGUAAAUCCCGAGAGCAUAGCCCCGAACAGGAGUGCGUUUGAAUCGUCAUCUUCCAAAAAAAAAAUAUAUUCCUACUUUUACGAUCCUACGAUCUUGCCCGAGGUUUCUCUUUUUUUGUUGAAAGGGAAGCUAUUUCCGCAUCGAGCGACGAACAGCUCUUUCCUGUGGAUCAAUCAGCGAGCAGCAAGGGGGGGGAAAGGAUCCAUGGACACAUCGGUAUAUUUUCCAUUACCAUCUAUCUUACUAAAUCUUGUUACCUCGUGCGGCUUCAGAAGACCCGGAUCGAAGAGAGUCUAGAACAUGACGUGCCUACAUACAAUAGAUAUUUUAGAUACUAUGACUCGUACCGAGGAAGGUAAU